AUGUCUUCCACAACCAGACCUUUAUCCUUGUUCAUACCCACCACUUGGUCACAGCAACAACAACAACAACAACAACAGCAGCAGCAGUCAUCUUCAAAUACGAGACCUUCAUCUAUACAAUCAACAUCUUCAUCCAUUGCACUCGACUCACCGUCUUGGACUAACUUAUCAUUUGAUCAAUUGUCUCUUUAUGCAAGACGAGCAUCCAACUCUAGCAUAAGUAUACUCACCACAUAUCAAAGCGAGCAAGAGGAAAAGAGAAGAAAAAGACAAAAAGAUAAAGUGCAGCAAGGUAAAGCCAAUCAUGUAAACUACAUGUUGCCAUGGUGA